GUUGGGCAGUGAGUUUCUGAAGUUGCUGUUGUUCCUCUCUCUCUCUUUGAAUGAACUUCACCCCAGACUGCAACUCUGCCCAACAUCUACUAUCUGAAGAGGGAAGUUUCAAAAUCAACAACUUAUGCUUGACUCUCCUGCUCCUUGGAUGCUGCCUUACCUGCUGUGUUUUUCCAGCACGACACUUUUCGACUCUGAUCUCCAGCAUCUGCGGUCGUCAUUUUCACAUCAAUUUCUGACAGUCACUCAAUCCAUCGGGACAGCAACGAUUUUUGACUAUGAUUCUGUGAGAAGGAGCAAUGCUUUUUGGUUCCUGUUUCAUAACAUUUCCUGCAUCAGUGGGACUGGAUGAGAGACCCUACUGUUGCAGUGCACCGAGUGUGGAGCCAGAAACAGUUAUACGGCCUGGAAAGAGGAAUUCACACUGGGGAGGGGCUGCACACAUGUUUGUGUGUGGCUGAAGCUUCAGCCAUGGAGAAACCCGAGGAAUCCUGCCCCAUGGAGAAACCGUGGAAGUGUGGUGACUGUGGGAAAUGCUUCAGUUUCCUGUCUGCCCUGGAGACUCAUCGGCGCAGCCACACCGGGGAGAGGCCGUUCUCCUGCCCCGAGUGCGGGAAGGGUUUUACCCGCUCCUCCAACCUGAUGGCCCAUUGUGGGUCCACACAGCGAGGAGUCCGUUCUCCUGCCCCGAGUGUGAGAAGAGCUUUGCCCAGGCCUCUACCCUCAUGGCCCACCGGCGGGUCCACACUGCGGUGAGAUCCUUCCCCUGCCCUCAGUGCGGGAAGGCCUUCAGCAAAUCCUCCAACCUGCUGACCCACCGGUGGCUCCGCACUGGGGAGAGGCCCUUCAGCUGCCCUGAGUGUGGGAAGGCCUUCAGCAAUUCACCCGCCCUGCUGAGGCACCAGUGGAUCCACACCGGGGAGAGGCCAUUCUCCUGCCCUGAGUGUGGGAAGAACUUUACCCGCUCCUCCCACCUGCUGACCCACCGGCGGGUCCACACGGGGGAGAGGCCCUUCAGCUGCCCUGAGUGUGGGAAGUCCUUCGAUAAUUCCUCUGCCCUGCUGAGGCACCAGCACGUCCACACGGGGGAGAGGCUGUUCCCCUGCCCUGAGUGUGAGAAGGGCUUUAAACGCUCCUCUGACGUGCUGGACCACCAGCGGGUCCACACGGGGGAGAGACCGUUCAGCUGCCCUGAGUGCGGGAAGGGCUUUACUCAGGACUCCAACCUGCUGAGGCACCAGCAGGUCCACACUGGGGAGAGGCCACUUGCCUGCCCCAAGUGCAGGCGGAGGUUCAUGUCGUCCAGUAACUUGCAGAGACACCAAAGGGGGCACCAGCAGAUUCCGUCGUGA